UUGGGAAAAAAAACUACAUAACCCACAGUUAGACGGCUUCCUGUCAGCUGCACAUGCGCAGUCGUUUGUUCCACUCUGGACAGCUGUAGGAGAAAAUGGCAGCACACAUGCUAGGACAGCAGGCCCGCCAGUUCAGCACGUCUGUGAUCAGACCUGUGGCAAAGCUGGUUAGGCCUCCCAUCCAGGUUUAUGGAGUGGAGGGCCGCUAUGCCACUGCUCUUUUCUCUGCUGCCGCUAAGCAGAACAAACUGGACCAAGUGGAGCAGGAACUGGGAAAAGUGUCUUCCUUCAUCAAGGACCCCAAGAUUUCCAGUAUUGUAAUGAAUCCCCAUGUGAAGCGCAGCAUCAAGCAGAAGACCUUCCAUGAUGCUCUUGCAAAGGCUAAAGUCUCCCCCAUCACCGUCAACCUCAUCAAUGUUUUGUCUGACAAUGGUCGUCUGACUAUUACUGGUGAUGUCAUCACUGCUUUUGGCAAGAUGAUGAGCGCACACCGUGGAGAGGUCAUCUGCUCUGUCACCACUGCUCAGGCUUUGGAUGAGGCUAGUCUUUCUGAACUGAAAGUUGCUCUGAAGGGCUUUCUUCAGAAGGGGGAAACCAUCAAGCUGGAAACAAAGUCUGAUCCUGCAAUCCUGGGUGGCAUGAUCGUCAGUAUCGGUGACAAGUAUGUGGACAUGUCCACAAAAACAAAGAUUCAGAAGCUGACCAAGCUCAUCAGGGAAACCUAAGUCCUGUGGACUUAAUCUUGCAAAAGAUUGAAGAUGACCAUUGGGGGAAAUUCUGAUAAAUGUAUAUUGUCACCAAUUCUAACACUGCUAUUGCUCCAUAAAUCCAGUGUCUGUGCUUAAGUUCCUAUGGAUGUUAAUAAAAACUCUACAAAUAAAAAAUGGAAAAUGCUG